UCAGCUGUUAAAAAAUAAGGUUAGGAAUAGAAAUAUUACAAAAAAUGGCAGCAGCUGAAAAACUGACAGGUUUUGCAGAUAAAAUGUUUGGUCCUCUAACGUUCGAGGAUAGAAAAUAUGAAGACAUUCAUAUCACAGAUACAGAAACCAAGUGUCUCCUAUGUGAGGAUAGUUUCAACUUGAAACUUCGUCUGGAUAUAUUCUUAAGCCAUUUAUUUGAUGUACAUCAUUGUGUAAUUGAAGACGUACAAAACAUUAAAAAUUUGCCGCAGUACAUCCUAUAUUGGCGAGACCGUUUUAAAACAGCACCCAUAGAGGAAAUAAUACCUUCAGUUAAAGUGGAGGUAACUGGAGGUCAGUACUUUUUAUUAAGCUCCCUACUUAAAGAAGAUCAAGCACUAAGGCACAAAUUAACACUGGAUUAUGUAAUGAAAGUUCAUGAAUUUGAAAGGACUGAUGAACAUUUUAUUCGUCAAUGCUUGUUAUGUAAACUCAACUAUGAAGGUUCAAGGCAAGGAUAUUUAGAGCACCUAUCGGAACAACAUAACCUGCAGCUGGGCAACCCACAGAAUUUGGUGUUUAUUGAGGAUCUUGUUCACCAUAUUAAUGCUAAACUAGAAGCAUUAACAUGUAUAUUUUGCGAAGGUGUUUUUCCUGACAGGAAUGUACUAAAAGAGCAUAUGAGGAAGAAGUUACACAAGAGGAUUAACCCUAGCAAUUCAGAGUAUGAUAAGUAUUAUAUUGUUAAUUACCUUGAAGUAGGAAAAAGUUGGAGAGCCAUAGAAAUGGAAGAUGACAGGUAUGCCCUUCCAAGAGGAGUAGAAGAGAACUCCGAUCAAGAAUAUUCAGAUUGGAAUGAAAAAGCGGAUAGCAUAACAUGCCUCUUUUGUCCUCAUACUGAUACAGACAUCAACAUAUUGUGCCAACACAUGGUCGCAAUUCACACAUUUGAUUUUGUACAGUCCACUGAGUCUUUAGACUAUUAUCAAAAAGUGAAACUAGUUAAUUACUUGAGAAAAAUGGUUCAUAUGAAGAAAUGUCCCUAUUGUGGAGUGUAUUUUGAAAAUGAGGUGGAGCUACAUUGUCAUUUAAAAGAUAAAGACCAUUGUAAGGUGCCUGAAAUUACAUGUUUUGAUCAACCCGAGUUCUAUUUUCCAACAUAUGAAAACGACGCUUUUUUGUAUUUGAUUGAUGAUGUUGAAGAUUGAGUCUGGUCUUGAGUUUAAUUUGAGGUUACUGAGAUUUUAUUUUACACUUAAAAUGGACUCUUCUGACGUGCUGUGAAAUAUUAAAAAACUUAAUGGUUCUUAUUUAGUAAAAUGUAAAAAUGUUCUUUUAUUAUAAAAUUAGAACAAAAUAACUACAUGUUUUAAGGAUUCUGAAUAUUUAAUAAGAAUGUACUUAGAAAAUGUACCAUGUGGAGUCUCCGAAUAAAGAUCGUUUUAAGUUUGUUAAGUGUGCUGAAAUGAAACAAUGAGGUAAUAUAUUUGUGAUUUUUAAGUUAA